AUGGCGACUAGCGUCGCUAUGAAACUCGUUCUACUAGCGCUUGCAUCUUUGCCGUUCACCCAAGCCCUGACUAUUCAUGAUGGCAGUCAGGUCGUUGCCGCCAAUGCCACCACACUUGCACCUGGAGCAGUCAAAGUAUCUCCCGACUCCGCCGAUUCAGGCGUCGCCUACUUCUCCUUCGAGGCAACGCAAUUAAAGCCCGAGGUCAUUGCCAACCUCACAGCUCUAAACCUAACAGGCAUCGAGUACUUCAAUUUUGGCAAUGCUUCCUCUACCACUGCGAGGCGAGACUCUUCGGCUGCUUGCAAGGCUUUUCCAGGUGAUUCAGCGUGGCCGACAGACACCAUUUGGAGCGUGCUUGAUCUGCUUCUCGGCGGUAAUGCGCUCAUCAAGAGUGUCCCGGUUGCCGCGCCGUGUUAUUCUGAUUGGGAUCAAUACAAUACGGAUGAGUGCGUGGAUAUCACCUCGCAAUGGAACUCUCCAGAAUUCCAGUCAUCUCAACCCACCGGUAUCGACUGGCCGCUCUUCGAGGGCGUAACCUGUCUACCUCCAACUCUCGGCCCGACAAAUGCGACAUGCACACUGGGCGCUGUCAAUUUCGCGCGUAAUAUGAAUCUGCGUCUGAGCGUAAAAAAUCAGGGCCAUGACUUCAAUGCCAAAAGUGCUGGCGCGGGAUCCCUCUCUGUGUGGACGAGGCAUCUGAAUGAUAUUGAGUACCUUGGACCUGAGUUUAGUAUUGGCUCAUUCAGCGGUCCGGCACUCAAGAUUGGGGCUGGAGUGCAGAUGUUGCAGGUUUAUGAGUAUGCCGAUAACAUUGGGCUCGAUAUCGUAGGAGGGAUUGCAAGAACUAUCGGCCUCGGUGGUGGCUACAUCGCCGCCGGCGGCCACUCACCUCUAAUGUCAAUAUACGGCAUGGCCGCUGAUCAGGUCCUUGCGCUGGAAGUCGUCCUUCCCGACGGCCGCUUUGUCUCGGUCUCUGAGACGAGUCAUUCAGAUCUGUUUUGGGCGCUGCGUGGCGGCGGUGGAAGCACCUUUGGCGUGGUGACUUCGCUGGUCAUUCGUAUGGACCUUGUGUGGGCUACGUUCCCUGCCUACGCGGAUGCAGGCCAUUACAGCUACUGGUCCGUCUCGUGCGCUUCAGAGGCCAGUUGUAGUUUCAGCACAGCUGCGCACUGGGCGAAUAACUACACCACCGCGCAACUGCAGGACUUCGUGGCUCCUCUGUUCGCAAACCUUACAGCCCUGGGGAUGCCACCCCAGAAUGUCGUUUAUGCGGAGUACGACGGCGUUUUGAGCGCCUUCACUACGACCUUUCCGGCAGACACAGAGGUGGUUGGCACCUGGACCUCCCAUGUAGGCUCACGCCUCUUCCCACGACACAACUGGGAAAACGAAACAAGUCUCGCCGCGCAGUCAUCCGCGCUUCGCAACGCCGCUACCGAUGCCGGCUUGAUGUUGGGUUACAACUUCAAAGUCGCCGCCAACCCGAGCAUCAACCAGGACAACGCCAUAAAUCCAGCCUGGCGCGAUACGCUUUCUCACACCAUGCUAGGCGCUGUCUGGUCUCAAUCCGCAACGGCCGAUGAUAUUGCAGCUGCUAACAAGCUACUAACGCAGCGGUUGCAGACGUGGCGGGACGUGAGUCCUAGCUCCGGCGCGUAUAUGAAUGAGGCGGAUAUCAAUGAGCCGGGGUUUCAGCAGUCAUUUUAUGGUGUGAAUUACCCGCGCUUGUAUGCUUUGAAGCAGCGGUAUGAUCCGUGGGGGUUGCUAUAUGCGAUUACCGCGGUGGGUUCGGAGGAUUGGUAUGUCGAGGGCCAGAUUCCGUACUAUCCGACGCAGAAUGGGAGGCUGUGUAGAGUGGCUAGCUAG